AAAAUUCUCCCCCUUAGCUAUGGUUCAACCUUCCCGCGAUCGUUCGCUAGGGGGAUGCGGGACCUGUCGAGUUCGUCAUACGAAAUGUGACGAGACACGUCCCUUCUGCAAAGUGUGUCUGUUAUCCAAUCUCAGUUGUACUGGAUAUGACAUCCGUCUACAGUUUAUCCACCAGGGGGAGAUUGAACCCACGGCGAUGGAAAAUACAUCGCGGUUUCGGAGACCUUUGUUUACUGAAUCCCAGCGAAAAUGCCUAAAUUCGUCGCUAGUUCGCUCUCUGAGUAAUGCCGAUCCGGGGCAUGCAUUAUCGGAGCUAGAAGAGCAGACGAUAGAGGCACAGCCUGCAGACUAUCCGCUCUCUCGGGGCCCAUUCGGUGUUUUUCAAGUGCAGCCGGCCAAUUUCAACAGCCCUCCGACCCCUAUUGGCGCAGAAAUUGAUCCUGCACCAGACUCGAAUGCACUGAUGAACGAUCUGAUAGACCCCGAUUUGGGGGAUACGGGAGAUACAGCGAGACUUCUCGAUCCAACAACUUUGGAAUUGAGUGUGGAUGAUGCCAUCGAGGACUCGACGGUGUUAGACCAUGAUCCGAUUUCCUUGGCUGAUUCCCUGCUGUUGGAAGACAUCGGUAUGAACGACUCGGUGGCUCGACUAUAUGACAACUGCGAGAAUACCCAUUUUCAAGCACUCGAUGGGUCCAUUCCGUACCACAGCUUCCUCUGUCCAAGUCCACAGGGGCCCCGGUUCCCCGGUGAUUCGUGGCUACUUCUAGCUAAUUACCGCGAUAAGGUGGUUCCUUUGCUGAGCCCUCUAAACCCUUCUGCAAAGUCACCGUGGCAUCACUUGGUUCUCCCUUGUGCUAUGAAUGCAAUGGCAGAAAUGACAAUGGGGGGGACCACGAGUCAUGCCCGGUCUGCUCUGCUGCAUACCUUACUGGCCACCAGUGCUUCUCAUCUACAGCUAUCGUGCUUUUCUUGUCCGGGGGAACCGUGGAACCUCACGGUGCAUUAUUACAAACAACGAGCCCGACAUGACUUGAGACGCUGUUUGCAGGAGGAGGCAUCCUCGCGGGUUAAGAAAGCCAAGUACAAGGAUAUCCUGAUGGCCCUUUUAUCAAUGGCUAUCUUAAAUGUAUUCGAUGCCGAUGCCGACUCCCUGCUCGCUUGCCUUCUGGUCACAGAAAAAUACAUCUGCAGGAAAGGAUUAAGCAAAGCAUCGUUAUCACGAAAGACCCGGCUGCUGCAUCACUGCUACGCCUACUUACGGAUCUUCAACGAAUCAGUCGUUCUCUCCGAUGUUUCCACAGACCCCUUCCAUGACCUGGGCGGAAUACUGGACCCGGUUGCCUCAACCAAAGCCCCCCGAUUUCGCAUUUCGCGCUGGUCAGAUACCCCAGACUUUGCUCUCACAACAGUCAAGUCCAUCGAGCUCGGCCAACACGAUCUUCACCUCGAAUAUCCAGCCCGCUGGGAUCUCACAAUGUACCCGGAAAUCUUUGGCAUCCCUGAAUCCUUCCUGAACCUGAUGUCGCACGUCACCCGUCUCGGUAACGAGCGGGACCUGCUGAUGAGCGGCCACCUGGACGGACCAUCUCCAAACACGCGCGAUUUCCUCCUGCGCGCAAAACUAGUCGAAGAACACAUCUGUCGCUGGGGUCCUGCCCACGACCCAGAAAGCAGCAAUCACAACCUCCCCAUGAUGCUGGCCAUGCAAAAAACCCUGUUGAUUUUCUUCUACAGACGCUUCUACGAUGUGCAGGCGACGACUCUACAGCAUGAGGUCAGACAAGUUCGGGACCUGCUGAUCACCUCGAAAACAGCCAGCCAUAACGUGUACAUGAUCUGGCCUGGCUUCAUCGCUGCCUGUGAGGCGCUGGGCGCGGAUCUGCAGGAUUAUUAUCGAGGGUGGUUUACGGACUGUUUUCGUAACACCGGGCUUCGGUCAUUCCAGGUCGCGGGAUCUAUUGCAGAGUCUAUCUGGGAGAGUGGUAGAGAUGGAAAGGAAAGGCCGCUGCAGUGGCCGGACGUGGUUCGCUCCUCUGGGCAGCGAUUGGUCUUGUUCUAGUCAUGAUUUCAGGAACAUCAUAGGAUAUUGGCGUCGUGUCUGCGCACAUAGAACGAAUGUAUAUAGAAUUUAAG